AUGGACGGUAGAUGCCCCCCUCAGAGGGGUGGCAAGAGCACCAAUCACGCACUCACCGAGGACGGUCACGGCGGGGUGAACCAGCUGGGGGGCGUGUUCGUCAACGGCCGGCCGCUGCCGGACAUGGUGCGCCACAAGAUCGUCGAACUGGCACACAACGGCGUGCGGCCGUGCGACAUCUCGCGCCAGCUGCGGGUCAGCCACGGCUGCGUCAGCAAGAUCCUCUCCAGGUACUUCGAGACGGGCAGCUUCAAGGCGGGGGUCAUCGGCGGCAGCAAGCCCAAGGUGGCCACGCCGCACGUGGUGGACGCCAUCGCCAAGUACAAGCGGCUCAACCCGACCAUCUUCGCCUGGGAGAUCCGCGACCGGCUGCUGGCCGAGAACGUUUGCAACCAGGAGAACGUGCCGUCGGUCUCCAGCAUUAACAGGAUCGUGCGCAACAAGGCGGCGGACAAGGUACGCGGCUGCCACGGCCCGAUGGGCGACGGGGGCGGCUCGCCGGCCGGCCAGGCCACCCCGGUCAUCACGCACGCGCCGCCGGCCGACGCCCGCGACCCGCGGCCCAGCUACAGCAUCAGCGGCAUCCUCGGUCUGGCAGGACACGACCCCAACGGCAACAGCAUCGGCAAGCGGAAGCGGGACGACGACGAAGAGCAGAGGCGAAUGCUCGAUGACUACUAUCAAUCGCGCCAGGACGUUCGUGACCUGGCGUCGCCGGCCGAGGAGGAGAUGCGCCGCCAGCGG